CUUAUCUAUCUGUCUAUCUGUCUAUCGCUCACCGCAUGUGUUAGUCUCCGAAUGGCCAACGGUCUGAUGGCUGACGUGUAUGGUGGUGCUGGUGUGGAGGGGGGCGGGAUCUCGGCUGCCGUGGCGGAGGUCAUCCACUCGCUAUGGUCAGUGACACACACAACACACAACACACAGAGAGGGAUAUGGGACAGCUAAGCGGCAUCUUAUGUGCGUCUGUGUGUGUGUGGCGGUGUGUGUGAUGUUUCUGUCAGGCUUGAGCUAGUGGUGUGUUCGUUCCUGAUGGUGGUGUGGGUGUGGAGGCAGCGGCACAAUGGCAGCAAGACCAGCACCAAAAGCACUACCAAGACCACCGCCACCAGCAGCGGCAACAGCAGUAAGGCCAAGCAGGCUGCUGCCGGGCGGCCAUCUCCCCCGUCCAUCCCCCACCUCUCGGCUCCCUCACACCCCCCCUCCAGCAAAUGGUCCGUCGCUGGCGCCAUCCGCUCCACGGCAGCCACCAUCAUCAACAGAUUCAAGAAGAGGACCACUGCACCGCCCAACGCGGCGGCCCAUGACACCACCGACGAGCACCAGCCGGCCGACGACCAGAGCCCCGUUGCUCGCAAGCGCCCAGACGCGCUUCUGCUGGCGUCGCCCUCUGACGGCGGGCUGGCCAAGGCCAUGGCGGAGGCGGUGCUGCGGGAACAGACGCCCUGGUCGCCCAACGCACAGGUGGCUUCCAAGGGCCACCCGCAACCGCCCUUGGCGGCCACCAGCCCCCUCCUGGGCGACUUUCCCCCGCCACCCGACGGCCUCUUCGCACCCCCCACCAACCAGCACCAGCAGUGGAGCGGCGUGUUUGCCACCUCCCCCAGCCCCUCCCACGCCCACACACACGCCUUCGCGACCUCCUCUGUGCACAGCGUGCACUCGCUCAGCCCCUUCACCUCCAACACGUCACCGGCGCCGUCGUCAGUCGUGGCACAGCAGCACUCGCCUGACCUGGUGGUGGGGUCGUCGGGUGGCGGGCAGCACAGCGGGACGGCCACCACCAUGACCACACCGUCGUUCUUCAACGGCUCCUUCGGCAUCCCUGCCACUUCGUCGGUGACGAGCUCGCCCGCAGCCGUGACCAACGACGGGUGGGCCGUGAGUGGGGGAGGGGGGAGCGGCAGUGGAGGCGGGGGGAGUGGCGAUAAGGGCGGCUAUCGCAAGGACAAGGACCACUGCAGUGACGACUCGUCGACGCACGAGCAGGCCUUCCCGGAGCUCUCGGCGGCCGCAUCGCCCACAUCGACAUCGCCCACAUUCGCCAAGAAGGACAUUGUCGACGAGUCCCCCGUCCACCAGGCCAUCGUGUACCGUCGGCCAGGCAUCUCGCGCCUCCCCACCGAGGCGCCCAACGACAGCCCCACACUCACCACAGACCACUUCCCGCCACUCCUGCCCACCAGCACAGCCACCAGCGCCACCAAUGGCAAGAGGAGCAGCCGCGGCAGCUUCUCGUCCAGACAUGACAGCAAUGAAGGCACCACCCACAACAGCAGCCACGGGGGCGGAUCGGGCGCCAAGAGCUCCACUGCCCGCCGUCUGUCUGCCUUGACGGAGCGGCUGACGUCCGUCGGCUCCACCAGUGCGGGCGAGACCCCGACCCAUCGUGGGUCUAUCGACCAGGGCAAGAUGGGCGGCGACACACCAUCCUCCGGGAGCGCAUCCACCUCCGAGAGCCGCAUGCGGGGUGAGGAAUCGACCAACGGCAAUGGGGGCAAUGGGGGAAACGGUGAGAGGGGCUGGGGCGGUGCUCGUGAGAGAUGGGGCAAUGGUGGCGGUGGCGGUGGGGGCGGCCGUGGUGGUGGUGGUGGUGGUGGUCGAGUGAAAGGCAUAGUAGAGAUGGACAACACAGUUCCGUUUGAGGAGCUGGCGCGAGACCCGAUGCGGCUGCGUGGGAGCAUCAUGGACAUGUGCACCAAGCGAUACGGCAGGGCCAUCGAGUACUACAAAAUGGCAGUCAGAACAGGCGUCUACAAGUGGGGAGGGGGGAGGGGGAGGGGAUGGGGGAGAUCGGCACCACCCACAAGGCAACACAUCCACACCCACACAUCCCGUGUGUGUUGGUGUGUGCAGGCACAUCCGCGACGAGCAGAUGUAUGUCAACUUGGUGCAGCUGGGGCUGUUCCUGGGCCACCGCGACCUGGCGGACAGCGUGUUGGGUGACAUGAAGGCGGCCUCCAUCCCGCGGCCUCUCAACAUGUACAUCUCCAUCAUGAAAAUGUUCGCUGCACGACACCUCUACUCGAAGGUAUGUACGCCACACAGAGAGUGGGAGGGAAAACACCUAAGAGACAUCCUGUGUGUGGGCCAUCCGUCCACACAUCGACCCUUUGGUCAGUGUCUGUGGCUGUAUGAGGCUAUGCGGGAGGACGGCCACGCCCCCCGCGACGCCACCAUGUACUCGUGCCUUCUGUCGGCGGCCGUCGAGUCGGGCGAAUUCGACAAGGCCAUCGAGUUCUUCAAGAAGGUAUGCCCUUCUUGUCUGUCUGUCUACUCAGCCAAAGCCAAGUCUUCUGCGUACUCUCUCUCUCUCUCUGUGUGUGUGUGUGUAUGGUUCAGUUGUCCAACGUGGGCCGUCCGUCGAUCAAGGCCUUCAUGCAGGUCAUCCGAGUGCACUCGCGACGAAACGACUGGCAGGCCGCACUCAACCUGCUCAAACAGGUCACUCUCCCGGCCCCACACACACACCACACAGGCAAGACCAUCCCUCUCUCUCUGUGUGUGUGUGUGUGCAUCCAUCAGUUGUGUGACAGCGGGAUGGAGCCCGACAACCUGAUAGUCAACAACGUGUUGGCGACGUGCGUCAAUGCGCGGCAGGUGGCGGUGGCCCGCACGCUGCUCGAGGAGAUGAAAGACACACCGGGACUGCUCGACACCAUCUCAUACAACACCAUCAUCAAGGUAAGCACCCAGCCCACAGGCGCUGACAGACAGAGGGCAAGAAAUGUACCUCUGUCUCUCUCUCCGUGUGUGUGUGUGUAUGUGUGUGUGUAUUAGGGUUACGCGCAGUCCGGUGCGUUUGAGAGUGCGAUGGACAUUCUGCACGACAUGCGUGAGCAGGGCCUGCAGCCUAACGACAUCUCAUUCAACACACUCAUGGACGCCGCCAUUCGGGCAAAGUACACAGCUACACCCACACACCCACAUUUGUGUGUAAAUCUCUUCCUCUCUCUGUUGUGUCAGUGCGUCCGAUGCGGCGUGGAAGAUCUUGGACGAGAUGCAGCGCAGCGGCAUCAACCCCGAUCGCUACACCUGCAGCAUCCUCCUCAAAGGCAUCAGCAACGAGCCCAACAGCCACAGAGGAGGAAGAGACCACAACCGAGACAGAGACAGGGACUCCGUCAACACCCCCAAAUCGGCCUCUCGCCACCCGUCCAAUCACCCCUCCACCCCCACCAGCAACCAACAAAACAACAACAAUAGUGCCAACAGCAGCAGCAGCGGCAGCAACCGGACAAACAACGCUAGCAACGGCCGAAGGAACAACACACACCGACAGCAGCAGCAGCACCAGCCGCCCCCGCGCAGCUCUGGUGGGCGCGCAUCCUCCCACUGGGAUGAGGGCGGCGGCGGCGGUGGUGGCCGCGUGGGCGGCACGACGUGGGUGCCGGCAGCUGCUGCCAAUGCCACCAAUCGCACAAACAGCGUGCAGGACAGCAACAGCAGCAGCAGCAGGGGCGGGAGGCCUUCUGCCGGUGGUUCUGGUGCUGGUGGUGGUGGUAGUGGUGUGCGGGCUGGCCGGCAGAGCGACGAGGGUGAGAGAGAGCACCCGAAGGACCCUGCCGUCAACGACCUCGAUAUCAACGGAGGAGACGGUACACACAAACACACACACACAGACAGAGAGACAGAGAGACAGACGGACCAACGGAAGAUAGCACCCAUUCUCUGUUGUGUGUCUUUGCGUGUCUUUGUGUGUGUGUCCAUCCUUCCAUCCCAUCGACCCAUCAGGCGGCAUGCGUGAGGUGUCUGAGAUCCUGGCCCGUCUGGCCAAUAACCAGAUGCCGCCCUCCGCCCAGAGCUACGGCACCAUCAUCAAGGCGCUCGGGCAGGCCGGCCAGCUCGACAAGUGCUUCGUGGUCUGGCAGGACAUGACCAAGAACAACAUCUCACCCACACCCCUCACAUACGGUCACUCGGCACACACACACACACACACACACAGAGAGAGAGAAAGGCCUGCACGCGUGUGUGUGUGUGUGUGUGUGUGUAUGGCUGGCGCUGCAGGCAUCUUGAUGGACGCCUGUGUGCACUGCGGUGAGACGGGCAAGGCGUAUGAGGUCUUCCAGGACAUGUGUUCUGCCGGCUGGGCCGCCAACGACGCGCUCUACACCACACUCAUCAAAGGAUUCGUCAAAGUGACCACACCCUGCACACAACCACCCCCCAAGCACACCACACCACACCACACCACACCGCACACGUGUGCUGCAUUGUGUUGUCUUGUGUGGUGUCAGGCCAAGGACAUUGAUCAUGCUCUAGCGGUGUAUCAGCAGAUGCAGGCCGUCCCCUCACCGACCACCAAGCAGGCCUCAGGAGGAGGCUCACCGGAGCGGGGGCCCCGCGGUGACCUGCUGACGUACUCGAUGCUCAUCAAGGCCACCUGCGACGCACAGGACCUCAACACAGCCACACAGAUACUCAAAGACAUGCAGGCUAGUGUGAAGUGACAGACAGACAGAGAGGCACACAAGACACAGGCCACACAGAGAGCACGUGUGUAUGUGUAUGUGUGUGUCUGUGUGCGUGUGUGUGCAGAGUGAUGGCGUGGCUGCGGACGAGUUGGUGCUCAACAGCCUGCUCAACGCGUGUCUGAAGGAGCAGAACGUCACAUUGGCGCAGAGCGUGCUGAAUGACCUGACGCAGAAGGGCGUCGUUCCGUCGACCCUCACCCUGGCCAUCAUGAUCAAGCUGCUGACCAAGUCAGCACCUCACACACACAGAGACAGACAGAGGGACACGAUCCAUCCAUAUGUGUGUGUGUGUGUGAGUGUGUGUGCAGGUGUCGCAUGUAUGUGGAUGCGCUUGGGCUGCUCCGCGAGUUCAAGUGCGACUACGGCAUGGCCCCCGGGGCCAACAACUACAAUGCACUCAUACAAGUGACUAAAAAACACCCACCACCCUACAAAGACAUCGACCAGUCCGCCCAUCUGUCUGUCUGUCUGUCUGUGUGUCAGGCGUGUGUGCGGGGCCAUGCCCUCUGUGUGGCCCUUGACGCGUUUGACGAGUUCCUGUGCGAUGCAAACACCGCCCCGCCCAAGUGCCCGCGGCCCGACGCUUCCACCUAUGUAGCGCUGCUUAACGGAUGUGUAGAGGCCACACACAGCAGCAACGGUGGGGGUGGGGGUGCUGGCCAGACACCCAAUGGUGCGGGCGGCAUGACCACUGCCAAACUCACAGACACCGCGGUAAGCGCACAGAGAGGGAGAGAGGGAGGGAGGGUUUCUGUGUGGGAGUGUGUGUGUGUCUGUGUGUGUUUCGGCGUGUCAGGUGUCGUUGGUCGAGCGUGCCUAUUCAGAGGGUCUGUCGUUGCCUGAGGACUCGCUCACACCUCUGAUCAAGCUGGCCUCCUACACUCACACAAGUACAUAGCAUCAGUAUCCGGCCGUAUGUAUCACACACACCACACGACGCGACACACGGAUACCUCCCCCCCACCCCAUGUGUCGGUGUGUUUAGGUGAGCAUCUGGUGAGUUUGAUGAAGAAGAUGGGCCUACCGGUGUCGCCUGAGCAUGCCCACGCCCGCUCGGCGACGCCCCCAGUGAUGGUGGUGCACCCGAGCGAUCGAGACGGGCACCCCAUGCUGCCCCCCAUCAUGGCACACAACGACGUCACCGCCACACCGUGCUAGUCGCUCUGCGGGCGGCAUUCAAACACACACAUACACACAUACAAAUGCAUGGCAGCUUUACGCGCGAGUACAUUGUGAGUAGCUAGAUCUUCUGUAGAGUGGUGGAUGGAUGGACGGCUUUAUCUCCCUCUGUAAGUAUAUGUGUGUGUGUGUGUGGCGGUUGUUUGCCCGUCUGUCGGUCUGUCUGUCUGUCUGUCUGUCGGAACACACAGCUGCGUACACACAUCCACAGCCACACACACAUGACGCGUAGAAGAGAUACAUACUUACGAUGCGUGUGGUGUGCGUGUGUGAUGCAUGCUUUAGUAGGCAGAGAGUGAGUGACUCACUGGCCGGGCGGGGCGGGUGGCUCCCUGCCCUGACCAACAGGACAGAGACAGAGAGAGAGAGAGAGAGCAGAUUAUCUUUAUCGAGAGACGAGAGAGACCAAUCUACGCGUCCAUGGAUGGACGGAUGGCUUGCCGCAUUCAUUAACACCUAGAUAGACAUCUCUGCAGCGCGGCAAAGGCAAUUUUGGGGCUGGCUGCGUACCUACCUUACCUACACACACGCCUUCACAUGCACACGCGCAACAGAGAGAGAGCGGGAGAGGGAGAGAGAGGGAGAGAUUUGUACGGCAACUCAGCUGAAUCGUUUUCCUGCCAUUUACCUGGAGAGAGGAGAGAGGAGAGAGAGAGAGCUGCCGGCGAACCAGCCUGCUGUCGUUUCCCAAGAGAGAUAGAUACACUUGACGACUUCCUCGCGACGAGUGUGUAGAUACGUACCAACCCACUGGCUGUCUUCCUGAGUGAGCGAGUGACUGACUGACUGACUAGCGCCCCGACCAACCAGCCCCCUACCUGUGCAGACAAACAGACAGACAGAUAGACAGACAGACAGUCGCAAACGUAUCAGGCCUGACUUACUCGUUCUUGCCACCUGAAGUGUGUGUGUCCUACGUGCGUGUGUGUGGUGUGUGUGUACCAUAUGUACGUGUGAUGUCAUGUGAUGCGAUGCGAUGCUAUCAUGCGACGCUAUGCUAAGCUGCCCCAAAGACAGGGGCGGGCCGGGCCGCUGCUGUCAGGGAGGGAGGGAGUGAGUGCAACAACGGUUUAGAGAGAGAGGGAGAGAGAGAACAACACAGAGGGGCCAACACUUGCCUGCCCGCCCGACACAAGCUGCAUGAUUGGAUGGAGACAUGCUGACCGGCACUCGCUCUCUCACGUGAUGACUGACUGGCCUGUACACCUACCUGGAUGGAUGGCGGCAUGUCUGCAGGAAGGCAUCAAGUGUUUCAAGGGCGGGAGGGAGGGAGGGAGGGAGGGGUGCAGAACAGCCUGACUACCUACAAAUGAAUAUAUAUGGUAUAUAUCGCACACACGCGAUGGAUGCGAUCGACCACCCCGAGAUGGAUGGAAGGGCAUGAUCAUUUUUAACACCAUGCAUCGGAGCCCCCGGGCCAUUUAUACAUUUCUCUGUGUAGACAGCCCUCCCCUCCACCGAACCGAUCUGUGCUGUGCGAGUGGGUGUGUAUCGGUGUGUACCAUCGCUACACAGUUCAGUUUGUCAUACCGGAUGUUAUGUGUCCAUAUCACAGCUGUAGACAGACAGACGAGACGAUCGCCGUUUGUCGUGUCCGUCGUGUCGGCGGAGUCAGGCGGACAGCCGGGCCGUAACGUCACUCUCUGAGUGAGUGAAUGAGUGAAUGCGUCGCUAACGAAACGAACGGUUCUCCCAAUGGGAGUGUGUUUGUGUGUGUCUGUGUCGGUGUGGGGCUGCUGUGGGAGGGGCGGGGGCUCUGGUGGUCUCUUUUUCGACCUCUGUGUGUGUGUGUGUGUGUGUAUGCCUAGCUGUCUAUGCCUAGACUGACUGGCUAUCUAUCCACCAAUACGCGACAUCAAUCAA